GCACCCUUCAGUGUGAUGUCCUGUUGCUUCAGGAGCGUUUCAGAGCCUCCACUCUUCCAUCAUUUCAUCGCGGCAGAGAACAUCACCAGAUCCACAAUGAGCCACUCUUCAAUAACCUCCACCUCCUACAGGCGCACUUUUGGAAGCCCUCACCCCAUCUCUUUGUCUUCCUACUCCCCUGUUUCCUCUCGCCUUCCCAUGUCUGGAGGUCGCUAUGUCCGCUCAGCCUCUCCUGCGGUGUCUUCUCGCUCCACUACCUACCACCAACAGCGCUCCCGUCCCACCCCCCAGCCCCCUCGCCUCUCCUACGACAAGGUGGACUUCACCUUAGCCGAGGCCAUAAACCAGGAGUUCCUGGCCACACGCAGCAAUGAGAAGGCUGAGCUGCAGGAGCUCAAUGACCGCUUUGCCAGCUUCAUCGAGAAGGUGCGAUACCUGGAGCAGCAGAACGGGGCUCUGAUGCAGGAGCUCAACCAGUUCAAGGGUCAGUACCAACAGGGCCAGCCCAACCGGGCCUCUGAGCUCUUCCAGGAGGAGCUGAAGGAGCUGAGGCGGCAGCUGGAUGCUGUUGGCAAGGAAAGGGACCAGUACCAGCUGGAGAGGGACAACCUUGCCGAAGACCUGGGACUUCUGAAGCAGAGGUUGGAUGAAGAAGCCCAAAAGAGAGCGGAAGCUGAACAUAAUCUGGCUGCCUUCCGUAAGGAUGUGGAUGAUGCUACGUUGUCUCGUCUGGACCUGGAGAGAAAGAUUGAAUCUCUUAUGGAUGAGAUUGAAUUCCUGAAGAAGCUCCAUGAUGAAGAGAUCCAAGAUGUGCAAGUAAGUGUUCAAACCCAGCAGCUGAAAAUGGAGGUGGACAGCACCUCCAGGCCCGACCUUACCGGUGCUCUGAGAGACAUCAGGGCGCAGUAUGAAACCAUUGCUAUGAAGAACAUGCAAGAAUCUGAGGAAUGGUAUAAGUCCAAGUUUGCAGACUUGACUGAGUCUGCAAAGCGCAACACUGAUGCUCUGCGGCAGGCCAAGCAGGAGGCUAGUGAGUCCAGGAGGCAGAUUCAGUCUCUAAACUGUGAAAUUGAUGCCUUAAAGAACACAAAUGAAGCUCUGCUGAGGCAGAUGCGGGAAAUGGAGGACCAGUUUGGCGUGGAGAUUGGCAACUACCAGGAUAAUGUUGGCAGACUGGAGGAUGAGAUCCGUCACCUGAAGGAGGAGAUGGCCCGCCAUCUUCGAGAGUACCAGGAUCUCCUUAAUGUCAAAAUGGCACUUGACAUUGAAAUUGCCACUUAUCGCAAACUCCUGGAAGGGGAGGAGAGCAGGAUCUCUGUUCCAAUCCUCAACAUUGGCAUGAGCAACCACUUUAUCGAUCGAGACUAUGAAAGGACUCCAGACACUCAAGGCAAAAAGACUGUGGUGAUAAAGACUGUGGAGACUAGAGAUGGGGAGGUGGUGAAGGAAUCCAGGAGGGAGAAGGAGAGUGACUCGGGUAAAACUGACAAGGACGAGUAAAUUGAAACUGUGAUGAUAGAUACUGUGCCAUCAUAGCAGAACAAUAAAUGAGAAAAACUAG